AACAAGCGAGUGGGAGAGUGAGAGGGGACGAGAGAAAGCGCAUGUCUCAUCCCUCUAGCAGCCACUAGACGCUCCCCACUAACCAACGAGUCUCCCCCAUCUUGCAUGUGCAACAUUGACUGCUGGACAGAGCCUCUCCCAGGGCUGUGGACGCUGCGGGAAAAAUAAAUAAAAAUAAAUAACCACCGGGAAAAAAAACAGGAUGGAUUGCUGAAACUCGCUUUAUUUUUCUCUCAUUUUUCCUCUUGCCAUCCUCCUCAAUGUCUCUCAACAGUUUUUAACAAAACAAGAUGAGGAUUAUUUGCAGGCAGAUUGUCUUGCUAUUUUCUAUCUUUUGGGGAGUAGCAAUGGGAGCGUUCCCUAGCAGCGUACAAAUUGGAGGUCUCUUCAUCAGAAACACAGAUCAGGAAUAUACGGCAUUUCGUCUAGCGAUUUUUCUACACAACACCAGCCCUAACGCAACGGAAGCGCCUUUUAAUUUAGUCCCUCAUGUGGAUAACAUCGAGACAGCCAACAGUUUUGCUGUAACAAAUGCCUUCUGUUCACAGUACUCAAGAGGUGUUUUUGCAAUAUUUGGAUUAUAUGACAAGAGGUCUGUGCACACUCUCACCUCAUUCUGCAGUGCGCUGCACAUUUCACUCAUCACGCCAAGUUUUCCCACAGAGGGUGAGAGCCAGUUUGUGCUCCAGUUGAGACCUUCUCUCAGAGGUGCUCUACUCAGUGUGUUAGAUCAUUAUGAAUGGAACCGUUUUGUUUUCCUGUAUGACACUGACAGGGGUUAUGCCAUACUUCAAGCAAUUAUGGAAAAAGCAGGACAAAAUGCCUGGCAAGUCAGUGCUAUAUGUGUGGAGAACUUUAAUGAUGCUAGUUACAGAAGGCUUCUGGAAGACUUGGAUCGCAGGCAAGAAAAAAAAUUUGUCAUAGACUGUGAAGCCGAAAGACUCCAAAACAUUUUAGAACAGAUUGUUAGUGUUGGGAAACAUGUUAAAGGCUACCAUUACAUCAUGGCAAACUUGGGUUUUAAAGACAUCUCACUCGAGAGAUUUAUGCAUGGCGGUGCCAAUGUGACGGGUUUCCAAUUGGUGGACUUCAAUACACCUAUGGUCACUAAACUGAUGCAGCGCUGGAACAAAUUGGAUCAAAGAGAAUACCCUGGAUCUGAAACUCCCCCAAAGUACACAUCGGCCCUCACAUAUGAUGGAGUGCUAGUAAUGGCAGAAGCAUUUCGUAACCUCAGAAGACAGAAGAUCGAUAUAUCCCGGAGAGGAAAUGCAGGGGAUUGCCUAGCUAACCCUGCAGCACCUUGGGGGCAGGGAAUAGACAUGGAACGAACUUUAAAACAGGUACGAAUCCAGGGCUUAACAGGAAAUGUUCAGUUCGAUCAUUAUGGACGAAGGGUUAAUUAUACAAUGGAUGUUUUUGAGCUGAAAAAUAAUGGACCAAGGAGGAUCGGAUACUGGAAUGACAUAGACAAGUUGGUGUUAAUACAGAAUGAGAUUAUGUUCCCCAAUGAUACAUCUGGAAUUGAAAACAGAACUGUGGUUGUCACAACCAUCAUGGAAGCUCCAUAUGUCAUGAUGAAAAAGAACCAUGAGCUGUAUGAAGGGAAUGAUCGCUAUGAGGGCUACUGUGUGGAUCUUGCAUCUGAAAUUGCCAAGCACAUUGGGAUCAAGUACAAGAUUUCUAUUGUUCCCGAUGGGAAGUACGGAGCCAGAGAUCCUGACACAAAGAUUUGGAAUGGGAUGGUAGGAGAGCUUGUUUAUGGGAAAGCAGAGAUUGCUGUGGCACCACUCACCAUCACACUGGUGCGAGAAGAGGUAAUUGACUUCUCUAAGCCUUUCAUGAGCUUGGGAAUCUCCAUCAUGAUCAAGAAACCUCAGAAAUCUAAACCGGGAGUCUUCUCUUUCCUUGACCCAUUGGCUUAUGAGAUUUGGAUGUGCAUCGUCUUUGCUUACAUUGGUGUCAGUGUAGUGCUGUUUCUGGUCAGUCGAUUUAGCCCCUAUGAGUGGCACACGGAGGAACCAGAAGAUGGCAAGGAAGGGCCCCCAAGUGACCAGCCUCCCAAUGAAUUUGGUAUCUUUAACAGCCUCUGGUUUUCCCUGGGUGCCUUUAUGCAGCAAGGAUGUGAUAUUUCUCCCAGGUCUCUCUCAGGUCGCAUAGUCGGAGGUGUUUGGUGGUUCUUCACAUUGAUUAUCAUUUCAUCUUACACGGCUAACCUCGCUGCCUUCCUAACAGUGGAAAGGAUGGUGUCACCUAUAGAAAGUGCUGAAGAUCUGGCCAAACAAACAGAGAUUGCAUAUGGGACCCUGGACUCAGGAUCAACAAAAGAAUUUUUUAGAAGAUCAAAAAUUGCAGUUUAUGAAAAAAUGUGGACUUAUAUGAAAUCAGCUGAACCUACAGUAUUUACAAAAACCACAGCAGAAGGAGUAGCACGGGUUCGGAAAUCUAAGGGCAAGUUUGCCUUCCUCUUGGAGUCUACAAUGAAUGAAUACAUCGAGCAGAGGAAGCCAUGUGACACAAUGAAAGUGGGAGGCAACCUGGAUUCCAAGGGCUACGGCGUGGCCACACCCAAGGGUUCUCCAUUAAGAACUCCCGUAAACCUUGCCGUUUUGAAACUCAGUGAGGCAGGCGUCUUAGACAAGCUGAAAAACAAAUGGUGGUACGAUAAAGGGGAGUGUGGACCGAAGGACUCUGGAAGUAAGGACAAGACAAGUGCUCUGAGCCUGAGCAAUGUUGCUGGCGUCUUCUACAUUCUUGUUGGAGGCCUAGGCUUGGCCAUGCUGGUGGCUCUUAUUGAGUUCUGUUACAAGUCCAGAGCAGAGGCCAAGAGAAUGAAGCUUACCUUUACUGAAGCCAUGAGAAAUAAAGCCAGGUUAUCCAUCACCGGCAGUGUUGGAGAGAAUGGGAGAGUGCUUACCCCAGACUGCCCAAAAGCAGUGCAUACAGGGACAUCUCUUAGGCAGAGUUCGGGACUGGCAGUGGUUGCAUCGGAUUUACCAUGAAAACCAAAAAUAUUAUAGUGCCUUAACAAAAAAUUAUAUAUACAGUAUGUAUGUAUAUAUAUAUAUAUAUAUAUAUAUAUAUAUAUAUAUAUAUAUAUAUAUAUAUAUAUAUGAGGAAAAAGGAAAGAACAAAAUGUGUGACUGAAAUGCAACACAGACAGGAAACACCUGAAGAAUCUUUUUCCAAUCUCAGUGGUUGUAAUAAGAGGAGGAGAUAUAUCUCAACAUAAAUGACAUAUUCAGAAGAUAAAAACUCAGUGCAUGAGCUCUCCUCCAAACACCCAAUCUCAGAUUUUAUAUCAGGACACAUCAAAAACUGGUGAUGGGGAAAAAAUCAAGACCAGAAAACUGUACUUGAAGAAAAAAAACUGUGCUAUUAAGCAUUAUUUUUUGCCACUGUUGCUCAUUAAACUGUGUGGAGAUGAACAAAAGCAAAAAAAAAAAAAAAAAUAGAACCAUGCUUGUUAAACACUUGGCUUUUGUCUUAACAAAAUAACACAGAGGUCCAAGAACAUAAUAGCCUGUGACUUACUGAAUAUCCAUAUAUGACAUGGGUAAAGAAACCCAGUUGUACUGGGUUAAGUAAAUAAAACAAAUCACUAUACUGUGAUAUGAAGAAAACUAAAUAUGUAAAUUCUGUGAAAAAGAAACAAAAUAAAUUAUUUACAUUGUCUUUUAAAAGGAAGGGAGUUGCAGUACAACAUGCUUGCUUUUUAACUGUAAAUAACUCAGUAGAGGACAAGACACAUUUCUCUUUUAUAACUAUAUUAGGGAAAUAUUCAUUGCAAUAAUGAGUAUAAGAUAACAUCACUGUAAUUAACAAAAACACAAAAAAUUAUUAAUCUUUUUUAUAUAAAAGGGCGUGGCCAUCAUCUUGUUUGCUGUUUCAUCUGCUCUGUUGCUUCAUUUAGUGUCACACAGAAGCACAUUUGUCCAAUUCAAAAAUCCAAACGUCAAAGGAGUUUCAAUGUCCGUCUUCAGCGUGGUGUCAGGACACGGACUAGGAGUGAGACAUGCUGCAAUGAUUAACGUUUUAGUUACAUGUAAUAAUAAAUUGUGUUUUUUGUACCCAACAAAUGAAUAAAACUAAAAUAUA